UAAAAAUGUAUUCAAACACCGGAAGCAAGUACAGCGCAUGUCAUACGUUCGGACCACGCUUUUGCAGCCAAAACAUAAAGAAGAGUUUCGACGACUUCCAUCGCAAACAUGACGUCAACACUGCCAAUGAACCCAAAACCAUUUUUGAAUGGUCUGACGGGAAAACCUGUGAUGGUCAAGCUAAAGUGGGGUAUGGAAUACAAGGGCUACUUGGUAUCGGUUGAUGGCUACAUGAACUUACAGUUGGCAAAUACAGAAGAAUUCAUUGAUGGUGCACUCACAGGAAAUCUCGGUGAAGUUUUAAUACGGUGUAACAAUGUUCUAUACAUCAGAGGAGUAGAAGAGGAAGACGAAGAAGGGGAGAUGAAGGAUUAAACUUUUGAUACUCUGAUAUUGUAAUGUGUUUUAAACAUUAUGUACUGCCAGGUGCCUAGCAAGCAAGCAUGUAAUGCAAAGGCUGCUGUGGAGAACUGAACAGAAACGUACAUGUUAUUCCAGUGGUGUAAUAAAGGCGACAUGAUCAGUGUACGGCGGAUCUGAAAAUACCACUAUAACGUUCCAGUUAUCGGAGUAGAACAGUGAAAAGACGUUGAGAUGAUUAGACCAUGCUGUCAUGUUUCUUUAAGAUGAAAAUAGAUAAUGAAAAAGAAUUUUGCCAUAGAUAAUAGAAAUUACAGAAAACAAAUAUUCAAUCUAGGAUAAAUUGCAAAUGUUUGAAUUAAAGCAAUAGACACAAUCCAUUUUGAAAGGGUUACUAGAAUAAUUUGAAUUAGUGAACAGGGUUCAAUAUAAGCAACUCUAGCAGGACUGGAUAAGGUGAACAAGCGGGGGGGUAUUGUGUCUAUUGGAAGACACUUGCAAAAGUGUGUCUAAAUGUGACCAUGUUAUCUUUCAUUAAUCAUCACUUUUAUUGCAUUUUUGUUGCUUCAUUAUUGUUUUAUUUUGUCAUGUCAUAAAAUAAAAGUAAAUACUAAAGUAAAA